AGCUGGAUAUAAAUUCUGCCUGGGCAACAUAGAGAGAAGCAAACUGGUGAUCUGGUGAAAGAAAUGCUGCCCUGGGGCUGUGCAAUCUUUAUUGUCCUGUCCUUUCAGGAACCAGGACUGGCUUUCCAAGAGCAAAACAAUGUGCCAGACGCCUUCAGGAUUUUCAACCAAUUUCCCACUGGCAUAGCCAUGUCGGAUAGCAAUAAUGAUACUAUGUAUGAAUGCCUCAAAGCGAAGAGAAUAUGGCUGAAUGCAGAAGCAAAGAAAGGAGAAUACAUUUGGGUGCUAAAGAGUGAGCAAGGAAAACCGAGAAAAAAGAUCUCGUUUUAUUUAAGCGAAGGAAGCAGCCCUGACAAAUUUACAUAUAAGGCCGGAUCAGAAGGCACCUGAUUCCGAAGAAGCAACGUUCAAGUACACGGACUAUAUACACUGCUCAGUACUUGAGAUGCCCUUUUACGGCCAUCAGUGCAUUCUUUGGUUAUCGGAAAAAAGCAAGGACUCGGUUCCGCAAGAAUGUUUGGAUAAAUUCCACACUUUCUGUGGGGUUGGCAAUACGUUAUACCGAAAAGAUUUAUGUCCGGAUGAGGAAACUAGCAACUAACUGCCAGAGAGCCCCUGUUUGGCUGAGUAGAAGAAAAUUAUAAUUAAAUUCAAGCUUGUGAAGCAAGUUGCUUUAGUUCUCCCCAAAA